AUGUUUCCGAUGGAAGAAUCAGAUGAAGUAUUUGAUGCUGUAAUCCGCUAUGGUUUAUACUUAGUUGCCAUUUUUCAAUUAGUAUGCAUAACAACUGUAUUUUUAUUGACUGACCAAUCUAAUGACUCAAAAGAUAACGGUGAUGGCAGUGAAUAUGACUCUGAUGGCAGUACAUUUGCAUCACCUAGACGUCCAUAUUCUCAUCAUAGAUCGAGAAAACAAGACAAGAAGAAAAGACGCUGA